UGCUCUUGGAUGUCUGUCCGUUCCUGUUUUUGUGAGUUCCUGUGCUUUGUGUUGUUCACAGGCUAUGGAGACUGAAAUUAUCCGGAAAAUCGCUUAAAGAGCCAGAGGGUCACAGAUGAGAGAGACUUUUUAAAGGGUAUCCCUGUUGCCAGAUCUUGUGGAGGCUCGUGUGCCGGUUAAUGUAUAGAGUAAAAAGGGUGAAACUUGAAGACGAAAACGAAGGAAGUUGGAAAAGUUUUGCAGCUGUCAAGAUGACCGCAGUAGAUGACCUUUCGGACAGCACGGAAGUGGUGGAGAUGGAAGACGUACCCUCACAGUUUUUUGUGGAAAAGCACUCGUGGGAUGGCCUUCGCGAGAUCAUCCACGGAAGUCGUAAAUACUCUGGAAUGAUCAUUAACAAGGCACCCCACGACUUCCAGUUUGUACAGAAAAACGACGAGUUGAGCCCUCAUUCUCAUCGGCUGUACUAUCUUGGUAUGCCAUAUGGGAGCAGGGAAAACUCAUUACUGUACUCUGAAAUUCCAAAGAAGAUCAGAAAAGAAGCCCUUCUGGUUUUAUCCUGGAAACAGAUGUUGGAUCAUUUUCAGGCAACUCCCCAACAUGGUGUGUACUCCCGGGAGGAGGAGCUCCUUCGCGAGAGGAAACGUCUCGGUGUGUUUGGCAUCACAUCCUACGACUACCAUGCGCAAAGCGGCCUUUUCCUUUUCCAAGCUAGUAACAGCCUUUUCUAUUGUCACGAUGGUGGACGUAAUGGCUUCAUUCAGUCGGCACCCAUGAAGCCAGUAGAGAUUAAGACCCAGUGCUCAGGGAUUCGAAUGGACCCCAAGAUCUGCCCUGGUGACCCCAGUUUCAUUGCGUUCAUCAACAACAAUGACCUGUGGGUGACUAAUAUUGAAACCAGAGAGGAGCGAAGACUGACUUUUUGCCAUAAAGGCUUAAAUAAUGUAAAGGAUGACCCAAAGUCAGCUGGGGUCGCGACCUUUGUGAUUCAGGAGGAGUUUGAUCGUUUUACUGGUUACUGGUGGUGUCCAGCUGUCUCUGAAGAUGCAGAUGGUUGUAAAACAAUGCAGCUGCUGUAUGAGGAGGUGGAUGAAUCUGAGGUAGAGAUCAUACAUGUACCUUCCCCAGCUCUGGAGGAACGCAAAGCAGAUGUCUAUAGAUACCCCCGAACUGGGAGUAAAAACCCUCAGAUCAGUUUAAAACUGAUAGAGAUUCGAACUGAUGCAAAUGGUCAGAUUGUGACCGCACAAAACAAGGAGCUCGUGCUGCCUUUCAAUACACUUUUUCCUGGGGCUGAGUACAUUGCACGGGCUGGUUGGACAAAAGAUGGCAAAUAUGCGUGGGCAGUGUUGCUGGAUCGCAGUCAGCAGAAGCUCCAGCUGGUUUUACUGCCUCCUGCUCUGUUUCUGUCUGUGAGCCCAGAAGACCCACAGUGGGAGGAGCAUGUGGCAGCCAUGCCUGAAGGAGUACAACCCCUUGUCAUAUACGAGGAGGUGACGGAUAUAUGGAUCAAUGUGCACGAUAUAUUCUAUCCUUUCGUUCAAACAAGUAACGAUGAGAUCACCUUCCUGUGGGUGAACGAGUCGAAAACAGGAUUUUGCCAUCUGUACAAAAUAACAAGCCUUCUCCAGCCGGGGUGCCACCAGUGGAAUAGAGACUAUUGUCCCACUGAAGAUGAUUUUAAAUGUCAAAUAAAAGAAGAGGUCACCAUAACCAGUGGAGAGUGGGAGGUUCUUGCCAGACAUGGGUCAAAGAUCUGGGUAAAUGAAGAGACAAAGUUGGUGUACUUCCAAGGCACCAAAGACACACCACUGGAACACCAUUUAUACGUAGUAAGCUAUGAAUCUCCGGGAGACAUUGUCCGACUCACCAAGCCUGGUUUCUCACACAGUUGUUCGGUUAGCCAGAAUUUUGACAUGUUCAUCAGCCACUAUAGCAAUGUGAGCACCCCUCCCUGUGUUCAUGUCUACAAGAUGGUUGGUUCAGACAGCGACCCUUUACACAAAGAGCCUGAGUUUUGGGCCAGCAUGAUGGAGGCAGCAGGAUGCCCAGCGGAUUACGUUCCACCCGAGAUAUUUAGUUUCCCUGCAAAGUCUGGCUUUGAGCUCUACGGAAUGUUGUACAAACCACACAACUUGAAGCCUGGCAAAAAACACCCAGCAAUCCUGUUUGUGUAUGGUGGCCCUCAGGUGCAGUUAGUGAACAACUCCUACAAGGGGGUGAAGUAUUUGCGUCUCAACACUUUAGCAUCUCUAGGUUAUGCGGUGGUUGUUAUUGACGGAAGAGGCUCGUGCCAGAGGGGACUGAAAUUUGAAGGUGCUUUAAAAAACAAAAUGGGCCAGGUGGAGAUUGAGGACCAGGUGGAGGGUCUUCAGUAUGUAGCUGACAAGUACAAAUUUAUAGAUUUAAGUCGCGUGGCAAUACACGGCUGGUCUUAUGGAGGAUUCCUGUCCCUUAUGGGCCUCAUUCUCCGGCCUAAUGUGUUCAAGGUGGCCAUAGCUGGAGCUCCAGUGACGGUGUGGAUGGCGUAUGAUACCGGAUACACAGAGCGCUACAUGGACGUGCCGGAAAACAACCAGCAGGGCUAUGAAGCAGGCUCUGUGGCUCUGCAUGUGAAUAAGCUUCCAAAUGAGCCAAACCGAUUACUAAUCUUACAUGGAUUCCUUGACGAGAAUGUGCACUUUUUCCACACCAACUUCCUGGUGUCUCAGCUUAUCCGUGCAGGGAAGCCAUAUCAGUUACAGAUCUAUCCCAAUGAGAGACACAGCAUCCGCUGCCCAGAGUCCGGUGAGCACUACGAGAUCAUGCUGCUACACUUCCUUCAGCAACACCUCUGAUGAGAACUGCAGUUUGCUGGGACAUUCUCCAGUCUUCUCCCACUUCCACUCGACUAAUCACAGUCCACCACCUUCGAAUCGCUAUAAAAUAAUACCUGAGGGUGGAACUUUUUAAAAAAGGUUUUUUUCCCCCUCUGAAUUUUCAUUGAUCCAUUUUCCUUCUGGAAACUCUUUCCCAGGAACAUUAUUAUUUUCUCCCCAAAUUUGAGCAUGUCAGCAGUUUUAGCAGAUUUGAAGACACCAUUUGAGGGCAAAGGGUGACAUCAUCCCUUCAACAAAAGGAACCGUGUAGCUCAUGAACCCCGCAGCAACUUUUUAAAAAUCAUUAUUUUCCUUUUUUCUUUUUUUGCCACAUCUAGGUGAUCAAUUUUUCCUCCUUUCAGUCCUGUUCUAAAAUUGAAGAAGUUGCCAACCGUUUUUUUAUUAUAUUAUUAUUAUUAUUAUUGUUAUUUCAUUCCUAGUGGCCUAACAGACUUUUUUUUUUUCUCCCAUCACAUACGGAGAAACCUCUUAUCGCCUGGUUAACACAUCAUUUUAACUUAAAGCUCUUCUGUUGUACAAAUACACUUGUGGUUAUGUGCAACCUGGGGUAUGACGUGGCUCUUGCGUAAAAAGACACCUCACACUACUACCUGCGAUUCGUAUUUUAAGUGUGUAUUAUUAAAGGAACAUAUUUUUUAUGAA